AUGUCCGAACUCGGCAACGAUACCCUUCCGGGCAGCUCGCAUAACGGCGAUGCCAUCAAGAAGCCCACCAUGGUCAGCUCGUCUGCUGCUCGACCUACUACUGGCGGCCUCGUGACCGUUCAACCCCUCAAGCGCUCUGAAAUGCAGCCUUCCUACAAGCAGAACCUCGGCCUCGAAACGGUCGAGCACGGCUUCUACGGCUCCCUGAUCAACGGCAUCGGCGCCGUCGCUGGUUGCUUUGGACAGCUUCCCUUCUGCUUCUGCUGUCCCAACCCCUACAAGGAGAUCGAACAAGGCAGCGUCGGCUUAAUCUCGCGCUUUGGCCAGUUCUAUAGGUCGGAGGACCCUGGUCUAGUGCAGAUCAAUCCUUGCAGCGAAACUCUACGCCGUGUCGACGUCAAAAUCAACACGACGCCCAUACCCCAUCAAACGGCCAUUACUCGUGACAGCGUAUCUAUAAGCGCGGAGUCCGUCAUUUUUUGGCACAUCUCCAACCCCUACCGAGCCUCCUUCGGUAUCGCCGACGUCCGAUCCGCCCUGAUCGAGAGGGCCCAGACUACCCUCCGAAACGUCAUCGGUGGCCGAGUCCUCCAGUCGCUGGUGACGGACCGAGAGCAGGUGGCCCUCGAGGUGCAGGAGAUUGUUGGUGAUAUCGCCGAGAAGUGGGGUGUCCAGGUCGAAAGCAUCCUCAUCAAGGACAUCGUCUUCUCCAAGGAGCUGCAAGAGUCGCUCAGCUCGGCUGCUAAGCAGAAGCGAAUCGGCGAGAGUAAGGUGAUUGCUGCUCAGGCCGAGGUCGAUGCUGCUCGACUCAUGCGCCAGGCUGCCGAUAUCCUGGCGUCCAAGAGUGCCAUGCAGAUCCGUGCGCUCGAGAGCCUGCAGGCCAUGGCCAAGACCGCAAACAGCAAGGUCAUCUUCGUGCCGAUGAACCUCAACGAUCUCUCGGGUGACGACAACCUUCCCCCUGGAGGCACUGGCCCCGGUGCCAACGUGCCACCCGCCGCAGUGAACGCUGCUAGCGGAUCGAGGUCGGGCAACAUGCUCAGCACGGCUGCCCUCAGCCAGCUUGCUGAGAUGUAA